CAGCAGUGACAUUAUUGGCCCAUGCAAAAUAUCUAAAACGGCCACCGACACUGGGUAAAGACUUGACUUUGGUUAUUUGAAAGCCAAGCUGCACUUCUACGGUCUGCAAUGGAUACCAGCAGCUCCGCCCAAGGAGCUGGCUCUGCCGCCUCUUCGUCUUCCUCGCAGAGCUCAAACCGCUGGAAGUACGAGGUGUUCCUGAGCUUUAGAGGCGAAGAUACCCGCAACACCUUCACAGACCACCUCUUCAUUGCGUUACGCAAUGCCGGAAUUAACACGUUUAUAGACAAACAGCUCAGAAGGGGGGAAGACAUACAGAGUGAACUUGACCAAGAAAUCGAAGGGUCGAGGAUCGCUGUCAUCGUCUUCUCGAAGAGGUACGCGGAGUCCCGGUGGUGCCUGAGGGAGCUGUCGAAGAUCAUGAGGUGCCUAAAAGAUCAAGAGGGGAAGAUAGUGUGUCCAAUAUUCUACGACGUUGACCCUUCUCAAGUCAGGAAACAGAAAGAUAGUUUUGGGGAAGCAUUUCAGAAGCAUGAAAAGGAUGAAGAUCCAAAUGAGGUCAAGCAGUGGAGAGAGGAUCUUAAGGCUUCUGCAGAUUUGGCCGGCUGGAACCUCAAAACCACGGCCGACGGGUGUGAAGGGGUGUUUAUCGAGAAAAUUGUUGGGGACGUCAAAGGACUACUGAAAACCACAGACUUUAAAGAAGCCAAGCACUUAGUUGGAAUGGCUUUUCGCUUGCAAGAAUUUUGUACUAAAUACUUAGACGUUGGAGGUUCACCUGAUGUUCGAAUAAUUGGAAUUUGUGGUAUGGGCGGUAUAGGUAAAACAAUGCUUGCCAGAGCCGUUUGUAGCAAUUAUCAGCAUAGUUUUAGUCGUCAAUGUUACCUUGAAGAUGUGAGGAGUAAAAAGAAAGCGAUGGUUAGUUUGCAAGAACAACUUCUUCGAGAUAUUUUAAAACAGCCUGACAUUAAGGUAAGCAGUGUUGCCGAAGGGACCAAAGAGAUCAAGAAAAGACUUGGAAGCAUGAAGGUACUUGUCGUGGUUGAUGACAUAGAUGAUGCAGACCAAUUAGAUGAAUUGGCAAUAGAACAUGAAUCGUUUGGUCCAGGGAGUAGAAUUAUUAUAACAACAAGAGAUGAACAUGUGCUGAAUAUACAAAAGGUGGAUAAAAAAUAUAAGGCACAAGCAAUGACAGAGAAAGAAGCUUUUGAGCUCCUUAGUUGGCAUGCCUUUGGAAAUGAUUAUCCCGAUAAAGAAUAUAUUGAAUUGGCAAGAGAUAUUGUUGAUUAUUGUGGAGGAUUGCCCCUAGCUCUGAAAGUUGUUGGUCGUUUGUUGGCUAAGAAAAAGAGUAAAACCAUAUGGGAAAGUACAUUGGAUAAAUUGAGAAAUAUUCCAGACGGAAAAAUUCAUGAAACGCUUAAAUUAAGCUACGAUGGACUACGUGAUGAUCAUGAGAAGGGUGUGUUCCUAGACAUAUCUAAUUUCUUUAUUGGAGUGCAUAUAAGUGUGGCCACUCCAGUAUUGGAUGGUUGUAGUCGUUUUUCUGUAGAAGCAGAAAUUACCACACUCUGCGAUCGAUGUCUCCUAUAUAUUGAUGAAAGGAAAAGAUUGAGGAUGCAUGAUUUGAUUCGAGAUAUGGGAAGAGAAAUUGUGCGGGCAGAAUCUCCUGUGAAAUUGGGAAAACGUAGUCAUUUGUGGCAUAGUGAAGAUGCAAAAAGCGUGCUAAGGAACGAAUCUGGAACAGAAGCAGUUGAAGGACUACACUUAUUUUUGCCAGAACAUUCUGAUGACGAGCAAAGCUUCAGUACGAAAGCGUUUAAGAAGAUGUGGCGUCUGAAAUUUCUCGACCUGGCUAAUGUAAAGCUGACUGGAAGCUACAAACAUCUUUCCAAGGAGUUAAGAGCGUUGGAUUGGAUUGGAUUUCCUCUUGAAGCCAUACCAGCAGAUUUUGAUCAACGAAACCUAGUUUAUUUAAACCUGAGCAACAGCAAGAUCGUACGAGUUUGGGAGGAUUCGGACCUGUUGCCUAAGAAGUUGAAGUAUCUCCUUCUUAACGACUGUCAUCACCUGACUGAAUUACCAGACUUUUCAAAACUCCCACAUCUCAAUAAAUUGGAGCUCAGUGGCUGUAAGGGUUUGUGUGGGGGUUACCAUUUUUUAGCACAACUGAAGAUGAUUGACGUAUUAGAUCUCAGUGACUGCAAUAUAACAGAUGGUGCCGUUCUCGAAAUAAUUGGGAGUCUAUCUUCUUUAACAUUUUUAGGUCUAGGUGGGAAUGGUUUUAAUAGGCUACCCAUUCUCAGUGGCCUUUCUCAGCUUCUGGUAUUAAUUCUCGAUCAUUGCACAAACCUUCAGGAAAUCCCAGAUUUGCCGAACAGUUUGCUUUUACUGCAAGCGAAUUACUGCACUGCACUGGAAAUAAUGUCCGACAUUUCAGAGAUGUCGAAAAUGAGGAUAUUGUUACUGAAAGACUGCCGCAAACUCAAGAUAUUCCAAAAUUUAAGAACUCGUUGGACUACAUGGGUUCGAUAAUUUACAUUAAAAUGGAAGGGUGUACCAGUCUCACUGAUACUUUUAAGGAGAACCUCCGAACG